AUUAAGCAUUGUAUAGCGUCUUGAGGUUUCAAUUGAAACUUAAAGUUAUUUGAAAGUUUACGUUCGUAGUGAAACAUAAACGGUUGUGCGCUCCUCGACUUUCAGUUUUUUAUUAGUUUAAAAGCAUUAAGGUGGAAGCAACUGAUAAUGAACGGAACAAUGAUUACACUGAUCUUAUUCUGUUUAUUCUGUAAUAUAUCAGCUCAAAACAAUUCGGAGAGACCUGACGAUUCAACAUACAACGAAUAUUUCCAAAUUACACCAUUCAAGACGAGCAGUGGUGUCUACUAUGAAUACGUUGGAGAAAUGAGAAGAUCCGUGAGCACUUGGAGAAUAGCAGUUUUCCUUGAUAUCGAUCGUCAGCGUAAAUACUUCAACGAUUUAAUAGCACGAUUAAAAAAAUUAAAAGAGCAAUGCAGAGCCAAGGAAAAAUGGUGCCAAGAUUUAGUGGUCCUUUACAAUUGGGAGGACAAAUGGGAAAUGGCAGAGGAACUACAAAAAGAAUAUCAAAAUCAAAUUGAGGAAUUAUCAAUCAGCAAGAAGAGAAUGCCGAAGAAAAUGACAUCGCAACUUCGCGUGAGAAGAAAUGUUCCUCUGCUGGGAUUUUUGGGUAAAAUUGCCGGACCAAUUGCUGGUGUGUUAAAUUAUGAGGAUGGCGAACGUUAUGAUGCUGCUAUUGAGGAUUUAAAUGCGGCGAACAAUAAUCUUUCGCUUCUCGUGGGAAAGCAGACGCAUGUUGUUAGAUCGCAACUUGAUACUUUGUAUCUCAAGGUUCAAGAGCAUGGGACACAUUUGCAGAAUUUGCAUAAACAUUUGGAGGAUUUGUUGGAAAAGUACAAAAGUGUGGUUAAUGUUAGAGAUGAAUUGGAGAGGAGGGAUGUUAUGGAGUCCUUGUUGGGAGCGUUAAAAUUGGGUCUCGAUCACAAUAUUCGAACGACUUCGACAAUGUUGAAAGCUGUACAUGAGGCGCGAAAGGGAGAAUUUCAUCCGGGUUUGCUGACCUCCGAACAAUUGAGACCCAUUAUUCGGGACAUUCAGGACAAUCUGACGGAUGUUAGUUUUCCACUUUUGGGACCACGGGUCAGUAUUGACGAACUAAUUCAAAUAUCGACCGUUAGCAUUCACUGCGAGAAGUUUAAUCUGAAAGUUCUCAUUGACGUGCCACUUUUGGAAAACCACAAGUACCAGGCAUUUAGAAUCCAUCCAGUUCCAAUUGUCCAGGAGGUUCUUGUCAACGGCACAGGAAGAGCAUACAUUAAGUCAGAGUACGACUAUCUAAUUGUCGAUGACGAGGAGCGAACCUAUCUGCUACUGAUGGAGGAUGAUUGGAAGUCGUGUAGAAAAACAAGUACUUAUCACGCCUGCUUGAAAGGAGUACCAAUUUACGAUAUUAGAGAAAGACCCAUUUGUGAAGUACUACUGCUACUAAAUCCAACCAUCAGUGCUCUAAAAUCCUGUGACAUUCAACUAACAACCAAUCAAGAAUCCUACUGGAGAACUUUAAAAACCCUCGGCAGUUGGAUCUACUCCUUCGCUCGUUCUGAAUUAGUGACAAUAUUCUGCCAUUCCACCUCGCCUUUAAAAAUAAAUCUCCAAGGAGUCGGAAUAAUGAAACUAGCACCUGGCUGUUCGAUGAGAACAAAAGACGCUACCAUACCAGCAACAACAUUUCAAGCUGGUCAAUCGGAAAUGAUCUACGAAUCACAAUUACAUCUAAAUCUAACAGCAUUGUCCCAAGCGAUUUCAAAUUACGGACAUCUUAUAGCAAAAUCCCACAUUGAAAUCGAUAGUCUACCUGAAAUUGGAUUGAAUAUGUCUAGUUUUGAGGCAAAUUCGAGAACACUCGAAGAUCUCGAAUAUCAAUUGGAGUCAUUUGCAUUACAACGGCAUAUUAAAGAUAAACAAUCCGUACUCAUCUAUGGAUCCUAUGGAGGAAUUACAGUUGUUUGUCUAAUUAUUGUCGUCUACUUUUGUCGGCGACCGCUAAAAUUUGGAACUGAUUUCUUGACUAGUCUUUUGUGCUUUUGUAAAUCAAGAUCGAGAAAUAUGGAAAUAUCGACAAACGCUAUGAAAACGGGAAGUAUUGUUACAGUAUCGUCAACAGUACCUUUGACUUCGGUUGCAAUGCCAAUGGAACUUAUGCCGCAAAAUCAGUUUGAAAAUUCUGUGAAUAGACCGAUUUGAGACAUUCCGAAAAAGUCAGUUAAAUUUAUUUUUAUAAUGUCAAAAUAACUGAUUAGUAAAAAUAGUAAAUUUUGACUAUUUUCUUUUUCCUUAUUUAUUUACUAUUAAUUAGUAAUUUUCUACUAAGAAUUAGUUACUUUUUGACUAAUUGAUGAAGCAAAAAGUCAGCCACGAUUUUACUAAUAAUUAGUAAUUUUAAACUAAUUCAGAUUUAGAGAGUAAACAGGGCUCGAAUUAAGUUCGUAAAUCCCGUAAAGGUCCGUAAAAUUGUUUGAAGUCUGUAAAAGGCAGUUUUUUUUUUUAAAUUAAUUUAAUUAAUUUUUAAUCCGUAAUUUGAUUGAGAA